UUGAUUCUCGUUUCGGGUUUGCUCUGGUCGGAUUGCUCGUAUAAAUGUAAAAUACUGAUUUAAUUUCAAUAAAGGCACAGGGAUAAGAGCCACUCCAGAUAAAAUCGGUAGCAAAAGCAAGAAAAUAGAUUUACAUUUAAAAAUAUCAUCAUGGCUGACGACACCCCAAGAUCACCUCCAAAACCAACAAAUGCUGCUUUAUCUAAUCUACCGUUGACUCGUUUGAUACCAACAGAUCCUGGAUUAAUGAUCACACCAGAGAAAUCUCCACUAAUUACGAAAAAACUUUUGCUAUCACAAGAUGAAAAUGAAGCCCCUACAAAAACUGUGUUGCUUUCAGAAAAACUCCCAGGCAAUGUAAAACCUGCUGUGUUUAUUCCUGAUAAAUCGGAUCUUAUACCGACAAAACUGAGUACAUUUACUAAUGAUCCCACACUUGAUGUAACUCCGGAAAAAGUUCCUACAGUUCUAAUAAAACAAAGGAAAAUUCCCACACCCACUUCACCUAUUGACAGAAAUUCAGAGAAAAAUUCACGGAACCUUCAUGUUCGUUUUAAUAUUCCUGAAACAUCGCAAGAGUCUGAAGAAAGUACAAUUUCUGAUUUUUCCAGCCAGUGCAACUCUGGACGUGAUGAUUCAGGCAAUCAAGAAACAAUUACAAAAGUACCGUUUCAAAAAAGAGCGGCUCUAUAUGUUCAAAGAAACCCACUUGCUGAUAUAACUUCCGAGUCUUCAUUACAAGAUACUUCUGAAAACACGACAGGAUCUGAAACAAUCACAUCAACUGAUUCAGAUAACAGUUCGUUUUUCAAUAAAAUUGCCCAAUUUAUCAAAGAGAAUUCAUCCAGUGUAGCUGAUAUGCAUGGAAAAGUCGUUGUUCACAGUGACCCAUCUGUUACCCAAUCCCUUCCGCAGGUUAAAUUGAAAACAACCCAGAAACAAACUGGAAAACCAAUCAUAAAACCACCAAAAAUUACGAAGAGCAAAAUAGUUAAUAUUCACACACAACAAGAAAAUUCUGGCAUCCCACGUAAAACAAUUGACCAACUUACAAGGCCAAAAUCUGCGACUACUGGGGAAAAUGAAGGAAAAAAGAAACCUUUCUUGAAGAAAAAGUCUGGUCUUCUUCGCCAUGAACACUCAAUUCGUUAUGAGGCAGAAAAUCUAAUUGAUGAAAAUUCGUUGUCAGGACCUACGUACAACAGUACCCUUAGUCUGGGCCAAGAACUUCAGGAAUUGAAAGUUGCAGAAUUCGAUGCAAAAGACGCUGUGAAAAAGAAAAUGGCAGAAAGUGAAAGAUUACGGAACUAUGUUGCAGAAAAAACAGCUGAAGCAACCAAUAUCAAUCCCGAUGAAAAACUCUAUCAGAAUUUAAUUAGUGUUGAUGUAUCAGAUGAUGAACUAUUACCAACGACUGCAGCUUGGAAAAGAAAGAAGCCUAAACCAUUUAAACCAAAGAAAACAAAGUAUGGGGAGCCGAACAUUAUGGAUACUUUUUCCCCUGAUGAAUUAUUCCAUGAAGAACCAGUUAUUGACUUGGAUGCUCUGAAAGUUCCCACCCCAGGAAGAAGAUUGAUUCCUCUAGAAGAGAUCAUGACACUGGAUGAACAUUAUCAAAUGUGGGAGCGCCUAUAACCUAUAGUACCAUUCAAAAAUGAUUUAAAUUUACAGUAAACCUAAUAAAUUAGAUAGUUAUAUAUUUUAAAUAUCUUUACAAAGUCUGGUCAAAAUCAUGAUUUUGUUUUAUAUAUUUUCCAAUUUACUAAAAAAGGUUUAUUUAUUUCGUAGCUUUUUUUAAAUUUUGUAAAAUAUAUUUUUGUUUUCCAAA